AUGGCAGUUGAACCGUCUUCCUCUUCUCCAGGUCUCUUAAAACUGGAGGAACAGCUCACUUGCACGGAGGUACACAGUUUAAUGCAGAAAGUAGCUGAUCCUGAAAAGGUUGCUUGUGACAACUGCAGCUCAGCUAAUGCCACUAGAUGCUGCAGGGAUUGCAGUAAGUUCCUUUGUAAAAAGUGUAUAGCAAUGCAUAAGCAGUGGACAGAAUUUGCUAAUCAUAAGAUAGUGAGUCUUGAUGAGGUGGCAUCAGCUCCCUCUGAAAUACUGUCUAAAAAGAAAGCUGAAGCAAACCUCACAUGUCUGGUACCCAGUCAUGAUGAGCCGCUAAAAUAUUUCUGUGAAACCUGCGACGAAUCUAUCUGUCGUGAUUGUGCUAUACUCACUCACAGAGAUCACAAGUAUAACCUCAUUGCUGAUAUUUAUGCCAAGCACUGCAAGGCCUUGGAGCGUUCUCUUAAUCCGGUGAAGGGAAAAAUCGAAGCACUUAACGAGGCCAUGGCUACUAUAGAAGGAUUCGAGGCUGAGGUAAGAGAAAGAGGAGAAGCAGUGGUGGGGGAAAUUCAUAAUAUGGUCGAAGAGAUUAUUGAUACUGUUCGUCAGUCAGAGAGGAAACUGAUUGAGCAGGCACAGAUGGUAACUGAUGCUAAACUAAAGGUGCUCUCUGGACAGAAGAAAUCAGCAGAGUCGAGUUUGAGCCUUCUAAACGAUGUAAAGGAUUAUGUAGAGCAAAGUUUAAAGACAGGGACUCCUCAACAAGUUCUCACCUCCAAAAAACCGAUAAUUGGGCGUAUAAAGGAGGUGGCAGCUCAAAUUCGUGUGGAGGAGCUGCUGCCCAUUGAAAAAAAUGAUCUCACAUUGAUGAAGGGGGUUAAGAUUGAUAGUGACAUUGGGUACAUUACAUAUUCUGCUUUACAGUGCUGCAGGGGUAAAUCUGGUUGGUAA